AUGUUAAAAGAUUUAAUCUUGUUGAAAGAGCCAGAGUGUAGAAGUUCCAAUUCCAAACAUACAAAAGGUUCUUUGACCCGCGUGAUAAAGAGCUCGUAUCUAGAUUUUCGGCCCGAAAGAUUCCCCAAAAUUGAAAAUGAAGAUAGAUUAGGACAUUAUUCGUCUCGAGCGGACGAGGUAAUAAGACAGCCAUACGAGAAAGAGAUUAGGUAUCUAAAGAAUAUGUUGGAAACAUUUUCGGCAGAGAGCUAUUUCGAAAGAGGAUACCAAAUACUAAAGUCCUUGUCGAACCUUGUACUGUCACGCGAGCUAACUCAAAUUGGCAAUAACGCCCUUGUCAUAUUGACUAGCAAUAAUUCCUCCUCCACAACACCAGCAACAAGUGUGAAAAAUUUGAACCGAAUAAUAGCCCAAAUGGAGGAUUACUGUGGAUUUGUACUGGACGAAAGGACAGAGGCAAUAGUUUUGAAGCAGCUACUUUUAGAAGGCACCGAUCCAAAAUACUUUUUUGGAGAAUUUACCAAUAAUAACAAGAUUAAGAAAAUCUUACAAAACACAGAUGUGAUAGGCGCAGACAACAUGUACAAGAUAUUCGAUUCGCCAAAUAUAAACGAGUCGUGUAUUCCAGAGGAACUUUUGCACGUAUAUAGGAAAUAUAAAUUGAGUCAAAGCAGUGCAGAUGUUGUUGAAGAUACAAUGAAGUUAAAAGAGGACCAGUCAAUCAUCUCAUUGGGUAAGGGAAACUUGGCCGAGUUGACACCUGUGGAUUCUUUUGCACUAAAUGUGGUCAGACACUCAUUGUUGGGGUUAACUCCCGAAAAGGAAGCUGCUAUCACUUUUGUGAAUGACAUUAAAGAAAUAGUUGAAGACUUGGACGAAACUAUAAAGGAUAAAAUCCAGUCAGAAAAUCUAAACUAUUUUGAAUUUUAUAAACGAUUGAAAAGCGAUACUCAAAAAUUACAAUUUAAUAAAGCAUUAGAGAAGUUUAACUAUAACAGACAAAGACAAAUUGAAAUAAGGGGAAUUGAAGGCGCAAGGGAAAAAUGGAAACGUGACUUUGAAGAUGCCCAAAAGAGAGGAGAUAUCAGUAUGAGUAAACAAAUCAAUGCUCAAUGUUAUGAGUGGUAUCAGAAGCUAAUUCCACUUCUUCAAGAAGAACACAAACUUUGUAAAGCCAUACUAGCUGGAGAUGUAAAAGUCAGCUCCACAGAUGAUGCUGCGGCAAAAGAACGUUCAGCUUAUGCGCCAUUCUUGAUCAGGGUCUCACCGGAGAAGACCGCAGUCCUUACGCUUUUGGAACUUUUUAAAGUCAAUGCUAUGUCUGGAUCAAAUGGAGGAAUGGUUGCUCAUAAGGCUAUAUCCUCAGUGGGGAAGUCUCUAGAGUUGGAAUAUAAAUCAUCCAUUUCUGCUCAACAAGAUAGUAAUAGCUUUUCAAGUAAAAAAGUAGAAGGUUCUUCUCAAAUGGAAAAUAUAAUUAAGGAAUCUGUGGAAAAAUCCAUUAUAAGUACAAACGCAACUGAAUGGGAUGAAGUUAUACGCACCAAAAUCGGAGGACUUUUGAUAUCAUUUGUUAUGUCAAUUGCUAAAAUUAAAGUGAGAAAGGAAAUUAAUGGGAAAGUAGAAGAAGACGUGCACCCGGCUUUUUUCCAUGGUAUGCAGUUUGCAAAUGGUAAACGUCUUGGGGUGAUUAAGAUCCACAGUAACCUUCAGAAACAAUUGACAGGUACUGCGUUUAUCGAUUCUAUCCAGCCACAAACACUUCCAAUGUUGGUGGAGCCGAAAAAAUGGUCUUCGUUUUACGGAGGUGGUACAUUGUAUACCAAAUCCCCCUUGGUUCGCAUCAGAGACUCUCCAGAAACGGAUGCUUAUGUAAAGACGGCUGCAGAGAGAAAAAACUUGCAAGAAAUUUAUGAUGGAUUGAAUGUGUUGGGAUUAGCCUCAUGGACAAUCAAUCAAAAAGUAUUUGACGUAAUAUCGCAUUAUUGGAAUAAAGGCGAGGAGUACUUGUCGAUACCACCAAUUAUGAAGGAAGCAAAGUUUCCGCCAAAAAUACCCAAGGAUGCAGACCCCGUGGUCAGGAUAGAACACAAUAAAGCAGUUUACUUGGCCGCAAAGGAAUUUGCAACACUGAGGUCUUUGAGGUGUGACUACAAUUACAAACUAGAGAUUGCAAGAGGCUUUAUUGGUGAAAAACUUUAUUAUCCCCACAAUUUGGAUUUUAGAGGAAGAGCAUACCCAAUAAGUCCCUAUCUUAAUCAUUUAGGUGGUGAUUUAACGCGUGCGUUGUUUUUGUUUUGGGAAGGUAAGGAACUUGGUGAAAAUGGGUUGAAAUGGUUGAAAAUACAAUUGGCAAAUGUUUAUGGUGUUGAUAAAUUGCCAUUGCCAGAGAGAGUCAAGUUUGCAGAAGACAACCUCAAUCUUGCCAUAAAGUCAGCAGAAGAUCCUUAUGUAAAUGAUUGGUGGACAAAAGCGGAGAAACCAUGGCAAACAUUGAGUGUUUGCUUUGAGCUAGCUGAAGCAUAUAAAUUGGAAGAUCCCACCAAAUUUGUGUCACAUUUACCAGUCCAUCAAGACGGUACCUGUAAUGGUCUUCAACAUUAUGCUGCAUUGGGUGGUGAUGUCGAGGGUGCACACCAAGUGAAUUUGGUACCCGCAGAUAGACCUCAGGAUGUCUACUCCUAUGUUGCUGAUUUGGUUCAAAAAAGAGUUGCUCGAGAUGUCGAGGCUGGUAAUGAAAUGGCGAUUUUCUUUCAGGAUAAAAUCAAGAGAAAAGUUGUUAAACAAACGGUGAUGACCAAUGUUUAUGGUGUAACGUAUCUUGGCGCUACUCAACAAAUCAAAAAGCAAGUUGAACAGUAUUUUGAAGUUGGCGCUGAUACUCUUCCACACAUUAGGUAUUUGACCUCACAAGUAUUCGCAUCAAUUCGAGAAUUAUUUGAAGGGGCUCACUUAAUCCAAUCAUGGUUGGGGGAAUCAGCUAAAAGGAUUAGUAAAUCUGUAUCGAUGGAUUUCGACGAAGCAAAAACAAAUAACAAUGAGUUACAUUCAUCAGCUGUGAUAUGGACCUCACCAUUAGGUUUACCGUGUGUUCAACCUUAUAGAAUCAACAAACAACAAUCAGUGAAAACCACACUUCAAGAUAUUGUAAUCGUUAAUCCUUCAGGUACAUCAAAUGUUGACGCAAGGAAACAACAAAUGGCAUUUGCACCAAAUUUCAUCCAUUCGUUAGAUGCAACGCAUAUGUUGAUGACGGCUAAAGCAUGUGGUGAUUUAGGAAUAAAUUUUGCCGCAGUUCACGAUCUGUAUUGGACGCAUGCAACAGAUAUCGAUAAGAUGAAUGAGACUUUACGUAACCAAUUUGUUCGUUUACAUAGCACUGAUCUCAUCAAAUAUCUUAGAGAUGAAUUUGUUGAACGAUACCAAGGAGCGUAUCAAGUUUUACGUGUACCUGCAAAGCACGAGUUAACGAUGAAAAUUAAAGAAAUUAAAAAACAGUGGGCAAAGUCCAUUGGAAGAGGAAUAACAAUCUCCGAUGAAAUAAAAAUGGAAAGAAAAAGAUUACAAUUGUUAGCAUCGAAAAAUCCAAAGGAAGUUGAAGCUGGUGAGAAAAUGCAAACUACAAUAAGUGUAGUUGAUGCUUUUAAUCCUUAUGAGCUUGAGUUAACAGGCAGAAAUAUUCCACAAUAUGAAAUUUUGGUUCCCUUGGAAUUCCCCGAAGUUCCACGAAGAGGAGAUUUCGAUGUGAAUAUUGUGAAAAACUCACUUUACUUCUUUUCAUAA